AUUGCUCAAAUCCCAUGACAGGACGCUUGUCUUCAGGAAUACUGUCGUAUGGUGCAUGCAAGCAGGAUUUGCGUCUUGCCAUCUUCGUUGGCAGGCUUGAAUCGGAGAACUGGUCAAAUAUUUAGUUUGGCCUGAGCGUCAUCGUCGCCGUCGUCGUCGUCUUCUUGUUCUUCUCCUCUGUCUCACGAAGCCGAUGUCAGCAACUCUGAAAGUGCGGACUCCAUUUGACUAAUAUCCUUAGUCUAGAAGCUUCGGGCCUAGUCGAGGAUAAGUAUGGAAAACAUGAUCUUUGUUGGAGAUGACUCAGCGUUCAACGGCUUCAUUCAACCUGUCCCGCUGUCCUCUAUUCUGCCGUUGACCCCUCAUCGCAUUCGCAAUGGGUGACAUCUCCGCAACGCCGCCCUUGACGCGCACAUCUGUGCAAGAAGCACACGAACGGAUCAAGCAAUACAUCCAUUUAACACCCGUGCUGACUUCUACAACGCUUUCGGGGUUCGCUUCAGAACCUCAAUCCCAAGAUGUAUUGAAAGGCACUGAGUGGGAAGGCCAGCAACCUGCGAGGCCGAAGAUACGGUUCUUCUUCAAGUGUGAAAACUAUCAGAAGAUUGGCGCUUUCAAGGCCAGAGGGGCGUUCCAUGCGCUGUCCAGGCUGACGGAAGAAGAGCUGAGCAAAGGCGUGGUUACGCAUAGCUCAGGGAACCAUGCACAAGCCUUAGCCCUCGCCGCCCGCACUCGCGGCGUGAAGGCCUACAUCGUAAUGCCUACUAUCUCAACACCUUCUAAGAUUUCCGGUACGAAAGGCUACGGCGCAGAAGUCAUCUUCAGUGGCUCGACUUCACAGGAGCGGGAAGCAGUCACUAAUGACGUAAUUGCUCGCACCGGUGCCAUAAUGGUCCCUCCUUACGACCAUCCCAACAUCAUGCUUGGACAAGGAACAAUGGCUCUGGAACUUGAAAGCCAGGUAGACGACUUAAUACACAAAGAACCUCAGCUCAGUGUUACGGGUAGGAGUAAAGACAAGAAUCUCGACGCCGUCAUAACGCCCUGUGGAGGAGGAGGAAUGCUGUCAGGGGUCGCAACUGCACUUUCAGGUACGGGAACACUCGUCUUUGGUGCAGAGCCACGCUUUGAAGGAGGAAACGAUGCAGAAAGAGGACUCGCACAGGGCGAACGAAUUACUUCUGUGAAGACUUUGACGAUCGCAGACGGGCUGCGGACACCGGUGGGCAAGAUUCCGUGGACCAUCAUCUCGGACAACAAUAAAGUGCGUGGUGUGUAUAGCGUCACUGAGGAGCAGAUUAAAGCGGCAAUGAAGCUCGUGAUGGAGCGUAUGAAAGUCUUCAUCGAGCCCAGCGCUGCUGUAGCCAUUGCCGUCUGUCUAUAUAAUGAGGACUUCCGCAAAUUGGUCGAGGAGGAGGCUGGUCCAGAGGGCUGGAAUAUCGGUGUUGUGUUCAGUGGAGGUAAUACGACACUCGAAGCUAUAAGUAAACUUUUUGCCGUGCCAGAUAAGGUAGCAGAAAGAGCAGUAGGCGUUCUAGGGCGGGACGGCAAACGAAUUGCGGAGAACGUUCCCGGUUAGACAUAGCCAUCUUCAAGUAUAUAGAAAAUUGCAUUCACGCACGUAUAAGCUGAGCUAUUAGGCAC